AUGCCAUGGGUCUUACUUUUCAAUUAUAUUAUAUCAAUUGUAUUUGCAACCACUGCUUUUUUCCUAAACGGUUUCUUACUGUUGUCAAUAUUUUAUUACAAAAAAAUAACAGUUAACCCAAGCAUGACAUUCAUCUAUUGGAAAUUUGGAGCAGAUCUAUUUUAUACUUUAAGCUUAUCAAUUUGCAUUAGUUAUUAUCUUUUAAUGUCGCUUUCAGCUAAUUUUAUAAUUAAAAACUUAACAUUUUGGUUGGUUUGGGCAUCUACAUCAAUUGGAAGUAUGAGGUCAAUUUUGGCACUUUCAAUAUCUAUUGAGAGAGUUUUUGCAACUUUCAUCCCAGUUUAUUUCCAUAAGUAUCGGAGUAAAUUUCCAAAUCUUCUAGUUCUCUGCAUUAUUUUGGCCAAGGGAUUUCUCGAUCAAUAUAUACUUUUUGGAUUUUGUGGUAAUGAUAUCGAUGCACCUUUGGAGUGUAAUGGUAUUUUCUGUGCUGUAAACAGUUGCUAUAACUCGUUUUAUUUCUCAAGCGAGCUGGGUGUGUAUUUUGUAAAUGGAGCUUUUUCGGCUACUUUAUUUUUCCGAUUUUUCAUUUGGAAUUAUUUUUCAAAAAUGCAAAAAAACUGUAUAAUUUCUAGAGCCACCCGCAUUGCACUUCUCGAUUUUUUCAUACUGUUAUUUUUCAAUGUUCUCUCUUCACAUUUUGUUAACAAUUUAAGAAUUGUCAAUAUAAGAGAAGUCGGACCAUUAACAGUUGCCACGAAGAUGUUUGGAUUUGUUAUUGAAGGAUUGAUAACUUGCCGAGUCUUAUUUGGUGGGAAACUCGUGUCUACUUUUGUUGCAACGUCAAAUUCGCUGAAGCUGAUCUAA